UUUUUUUAAAUUCAGACAUGAUCCCUGCUAAUCUAACACACGACUUAUCUUUUCAUACAUGAUUGUAUUUCCCAUUCCGUCAACAUGCAAUAGGCUACUAAGUUUUUUUCUUCCAUAGUUACACUAAUAUGUUCAUCAGUAAUUGUAAAUACCAUAAUGUCAAAACAAUUCAGCAUUUAUUUCAGAAUGAAAAGCCGGUAAUUUCCUCAAACUAUUUGUUUCAAAAAUUUCAUAUUCAAGUGAAGCUAAGUGGUUAUAUGCAGACGGCCUUAUAUGGUACCCUCAAAUGCGAUAUGACGAAAUCAAUGGAAUUUUAUCUUUCCCGUGGUUGUCGUUAACAAAUCUAUGAAACUAUGUGGACCACAGUUACAAUUUUAAUUACAACAUGUGAAAGUUUGAUGAAAAAUGCAAUUUCUAUGAGUAUUUUGCUGUUAUCUACAUGUUCAAGACAAGGAGACAGGUUAAUUAGUAAAGUGUUCACAUUAUAUGAGAAGAGGUGACUAGUUCACAUGCUUCGUGUAAUGAUAUAGCGUCAUCAUUUAGUUGUUGUUUUUAACAUUCCCAUAUAGAAUACUUCUAAUUCCUGGAAAUCUUUGGAUUUUCUGGAACUCCUUGACACAGUACAUCGUUGUUGCCGAUUCACUUGAGACCUUCAAAGUCCGAAUCGGCGAACAAAUGACACCAUAGAUGGAAAGAUACGAUAUAGUUUUUAUUCAGUUUUAAUCACAAGAGCCCUUGAGUGCAAGAUUUUAACCUUUUAUCCAUGUACGCACAGCUAUGCUCCUGAUGGAGCCAUGUACAUUAGAAGUUUAGAAUGACAUGAUUUUCAUUACUGAACUUUAAUAAUACGUAUAGCAUAGGAGUCAAAGCGAUUGAUGAAAUAAAGAUAUUUUCAUAUGUUAGGAUUGAUACUAAGUUGGAAACAGGGCUAGAACAAGUAGAAGAAAUCAACCCAGUUUGACCUCAGUGACGACCAUGAAGUUGAUUGUGAUGAAGGCCGGGGGGUUGGGUUACUUUUUGGAAGUAAUAUCCUGUUUUUCAAUAUGACGAAAAUAAGUAAUUUGACCGUUACUCAGGGAAAGUAAACUCUGACCUCCUAAUUGUUUUUAUACACUUGGUUUGCACAAAUUAAGGAAAGCAAAAAACUGAAAUUUAGAAAAGAAAAAAAAUCCGGGAGUUUAAAUGAUUUGAAGUCUUUUGUUUUGUUUUUAUUUUUAAGGGGAAACAAACAUAGAUAUAAAUGAGUGGCAUGUAACUUCACCCCUCCUGAGAAUGUAAAAUUCGUAGCUUCGUUCCGUAGCAUUUACGCCUACUUUCACUUUGAAUAUCCAUUUUUCAGUCUUUAUUACAGAAGAGUUCAGCGCGAGUAGUGGUGCAUGGUGAGGCUUGCUGAAAAUUUGCAGGUAGAUCUAUAGAAAUUGGAGAUCUUUGUUGUUUCAACGCAAUGUAUUACGAUGGAUAUGACGAAGAUGCCUUGGAUGAAAUUUUACCAAACUUGUUUAUAAGUGGUUUUGUUCCAGCCAAAGAUUCAGACAGACUGGAGAAUCUAGGUAUAACUCACAUUGUAAACUUAUCUUCUUAUGAAAAUAAUUUUCAUGGAAAAUUCAAAUAUCUCAGGAUCCCAGUUGAAGAUAUACCAACUGAAGAAAUUCAUCCAUACUUUGACGAGUCUAUCAGGUUUAUCGAGGAAGCCUUUGCUGGGAAUGGUCGUGUUCUUGUGAACUGUAACGCAGGGCAGUCCAGAGCAGGAACAAUAAUCAUUCUCUACAUCAUGAAAACCAAAGAGAUGACAUUUGAAGAUGCUCGGAAAUUUGCACAGAGUAAGAGGAAGGGUAACGAGGUCUGUCCAAAUUCGGGAUUUCGAAGACAGCUUAUCGAGUAUUUCAAAAAGUAAAGAGAAAUUCUUGAAUGGUUUUCCCAGACUGUUGUAUAAGAAACACAGAAUGGCAUGUUAUUGUCUUAAAAGUUCCUAUAUUGUGUGAAUGUAAAAAUAGCAAUAAACCAAUUGAAAAAUU